AUGACGGAGCAGUCUUUGCCACCACCGCCGACCAAGGCGCCAGAGCCCAUGAGGGAAGCAUCACCACCAACGCCGGGGGCGGAUGAACAAAGACAUACUGGCAAUAGUAUAUUUGACACCACCGAUUCAUCUGCAGGGACCGGGUCAGAAGCGCAUGCUCCGCCAAAGUUCCAUAUCGCCAACGCCGUGGUCGAACAAAUUCCCGAGCCGAAUGACGCAGAUUGGGAUGACUAUAUUGACUUUGACCUUCCACCAUCCAACCAAGAGCAUCACGAAUUCUUGUUGACACAGUUGAGCAGCCCACAGCUCGCGCAUUCGCCCAUCACUCCAAAUCUACAACCAGCAUCCCCAUCCAGUAAACCCACCGCCGACCCGUUUAUUCGGUUGCAAUCCGGGCCUAUGGCUCCAUCUAGACCAAAGUAUGAGCUCUUCACCGAUGCCCAGCUAGCACGAGAUAUCUCCAAGUUUGGGUUCAAACCUGUAAAGAAACGUUCAGCCAAGAUUGCGCUUCUUGACCAGUGUUGGGCAAGCAGGGUCCAGUCAGCCACAGGAGGCGCGGCUACCAGUGUGCGGACCAUAUCCACCACCACCUCCCAAGCUGCCUCCAAACCGAGCAAGGCUGCUGCGACGAUCAGUCCACGAGGUCGACCAAGGAAGAAUUCGGGCACGGCAGCACCAUCAGCUGAUUACAGUAGUCUGAAGGUCCCGGAGCUGAAGAAGCUGUUACAGGAGCGUAGCCUCAAGCAGUCAGGGAAUAAGCCAGACCUCAUCGCCCGUCUUCAAGAUUAUGAUAUGCAGAGGAAGACAUCUGCCGGUCUCGCAUCUCCACGGGGAAGGCCACGCAAAGAGACGGGAAGCUCCCCGAAAAGAACCAAGCCCCGUGAAAAAUCUCCUGCAAGACGAGCUACCUCUCCAAGGUGUAGUAGAUCGCCUGCAACAACGCCACGUCGAAGUAAACCACAAGGCAGGGAUGGAGUGAUUGAGAUUCCCGACUCGGAUGCCGACUCUGAUCUAGAUGAUCCCAUACUCUCGUCCCCGCCUUCAGCUGCAAGACGUGCUCGACCAGCAGAUGAAGACAUGUUUUCUUCUCCCUGGUAG